ACUCACGUCAUUUUGGAGCGAACAUUUUCGAAAUGUGACCUAAACGUGUGUUGGUGUGCUGGUCAAAAACACCCGAAACACUUCACGAAAUGUUUUGAAUAAAAAAAAGUUUAAAUUGCGACAUAAAAUUUGUUGCUGAGAGAUGGAGGGACUGGAGAUGUCAGCAAUGAUACCGGCUCUUCAGCAGCUAGCAAGUGCGAGUCCGGCUGAAUAUGAGCAGGCGGUGCAGAAGCCUCGACAGAUCCUUUGUCAGUUCAUUGACAAGAUUCUGACUGACGUGGAUGUUGUUGCUCUGGGGCUGAGUAAGAAAACAAGUUCAGAGCCAGCCUGUGUGAUGCUUCUGGACUUUGUGCAGCAUAUUAUCAAGUCAUCAUCUCUGAUGUUUACCAACCCUGCAUGCCAGCCUGUUGAAUAUCCCGACACCACACAGAGUUGUAUAGACUUCAGUAAGUGGGUGGCGGUGCGGUUGCUACGUGUGGCAGCAGCUCCAGAAUGUGACGUCAUCCACGGACGGGUCUCGGCUGUACUGUGCUCCUUACUGCACACUCUGAGAGUCAGAAUUUCUUCCAUCUACAGCUGUCUCAUAGAAGAACUUAUUGCUUUGGCACAAGACCUAAGUAACAUCCUUUACACACAUGUUGCUUCACUGGGAGGACAGGAAUACGCUUUGGGCAUUUGCACGCCCAGCCGAUGGCCAGCAACGCUCAAGUGCCUCUGUCUCUCCCCUCUGUGUACGUCCACCUACCUCACUCCUUCCCCUCUCAUAUUGUCCUCACCAGCAGCCUUGGAGUCGCUAACCAGUGUGACACUGGGUGUCAUAAGUGACACCCUGAGGGGUGUGGUCUCCCGUCAUGAUCUGAAUGUAGCCUGGGAAGCAGCUUGCUCAAUCCUGGCCAAUGGCAACACCAAGCUGAGGAAGCUCUCCAUGGUGAUACUGAGGCGAUUGAUGGAACUUGAAGGGUUUCCUGAGAGACAGGGUUAUGAAUUCUUCAUGGCUUUCAUGCAUUUGUUGGAAACACACACAUACAUGGCAAAGACACAGGAUGAGCAACGGCCUUAUGACGGGGAGCUGCUAAAUCUGACCCGCUGUCUUUUUCAGCUGUCUGGUGUCUCUCAGAGACAGUUUGAGCCCAUCUACCUGUCGCAGCUUUUUGAGAGCAUCUGUACUCUGGGAACGGCAGGGGUCAAGUUGGGGACAGAGGUUACAGAAUCCCUCUGCUUGAUGUUCAGUUUUCUGCUGUCUGUUGCCCCGGGUUACGAGAGUCCAGCCUCGCUAAGGAUGCAGAGAGUCACAGAGGUCUGCAGAACUCUGGUGCUCACCGUUGGAACAGAGAAACAGGCUGAUUGUGCAGAAGGCUUUCUUCAGGCUGCACUGAAGGCUGAGGCUGAUCUGGUGAUGCAGAGGUCAGGGGACACAGAGUCAGCUGCCAAAAGACCCUUAAACCUGGAACUGCUUCAGUCAAAAAUACGGCAAAAACAUCGCCAGUGUGAGUUCCAAAAUAUUCCCAAACUGUUUUUUGCAUCACUCGUUCUUUGUGAGGUGGACAUGCGAGUUCGGAGUGAGGUUUGGGCUGUGGUUAACAGUCGGCUGGAGGAGCUGCUGACUUUUUUAAACCCAGACUUCAGCCAGGCAGAGACUGCACAGACCCUCACUACUCUGAAGGGUCUGGCUCUCAUCCUCCAUCUGGCAGCCCUCUGCUCCUCUCCCACAAGACUGUAA